AUGCUUGUGGAAGACACUCUGAUGACGAAGAAAUACGCGCACUGUCCGCUGAAGAAGCGGCCGGUGCGGGAGGAGCGGCCGGCGACACCGCCCACAACACCACCUCACCCCGCCCACUUGGCUACAAGACUUUAUUACGAUUACCACUGUGAAACUGAAAACGAUGAGCCUGAAAACCUUAGCACAAAACCUGAAGAUCUUUCAAAGACCGGAAAUUAUCCUAGCAAGGCAACUUCGCCUUUAUCGACGGCUGCUGUAAAAGUGGAACCACGCGAGUGGCAGCACCACCAUCUGGACUACCUGACCGCAUGUCGUUCUCGACUCGAGCCUGUACCACCACCCACUGAAGUUGCUCGACCCACACCGCAGUAUGCUUACUUGCCAUCCCUCUACACUUACCCCAUGGAAGAACUUUACCCGACAGCGCCUACGCUAUCGCCACCCGCACACCCACCUUUGUUCCCCCGUUACUCACCCGCUUCCCCACCUUCCUCAUGCUCGCCACCACCUUGCCCUGAGGACCUUCGGUCUCCCGGUUCGGUUUCCUCAGACUCUGGCGUUUCCGUUUCGGCGCCGCGCCGCCCACGCUACCAAUGCCCCGACUGCGCCAAGUCCUAUUCGACAUACUCCGGCUUAUCGAAACAUCAGCAAUACCACUGCGCCGCCGCCGAGGGAAGCCUCGCUAGGAAAUCCUUCAGCUGCAAGUACUGCGCCAAAGUGUACACGUCACUUGGCGCCCUGAAGAUGCAUAUUCGCACUCACACGCUUCCCUGCAAGUGCCACCUAUGCGGAAAAGCAUUCUCGCGGCCAUGGCUGCUGCAAGGACACAUUCGCACGCACACUGGGGAAAAGCCGUUCUCCUGCCACCAUUGCCGCCGGGCCUUCGCCGACAGGUCGAACUUGCGAGCACACUUACAAACCCACUCCGAUGUCAAGAAAUACUCGUGCACCGGAUGUGGCAAGACGUUCUCCCGAAUGUCGCUCCUAAGCAAACACUUGGAAGGUGGUUGCGGAACUCCCAGUGGCUCUCCUUACGAAUAUCGCCCCGAAGGCAUGGCAGCAUCACACGCUCACCAAAACUUGCCCCCUCCUGCCACCGUUCAUGCUUAC